AUGACUGUUGAAAAUCGUAAAGUUGUUACAGCAGCAAUUGUCUCAAGAAACAUUGCGGAUGCUGUCAGCGUUCAAGAGAUAGAUGUAGAAAAACUUUUAGAAAUCGUACAAAAAACACAAUUAAAUCAUCAUGAUUCAUCAGAUGAGUCUGACUCCUCCGAAGAAAGAGACAAUUCUGACAAUAAUGCGUUAAAGAAAUUUAUUAAUAACAUAAGUAAUAAUUACAAAAAUCCUCAAGAAAAGCCUAACAUUGUAAGAUUACAAAAGUAUGACAGCCAAAAUUCUCAUCGUUCUGAAGAUAUCGGCAACAUUUUGAGUCUAAUCUUAAAUAAUGAUUUGAAAGUAGAACCCAAACAGAAAUCAUACCCAGUGAAAAAACGUUUGACACCUAACCGUUUGCUAUGGGAUGGAAAGGAUAAAAAUUCUGAUCUUCAAGAUUAUUCGAAAAUCUAUGUACUUUUAACCCCUAAUGCGAUACAAAAGGCCAAAUUUAGCAGUAGCGGCAUUAAUGACCUGGUAUCAAAGAUUCUAUCGUUAUCCACGUCAUCUACAAACCGUAAUCGCCAAGUGCCUCAGAAGCAAAAACGCUAUAAGGGAUUCGUUGUCAACGAACCUGUUCAAAGGAGGCGAGGAUCCAGAGAAAUGUACGCUCCCAAUGAUUCUGUAGAGGAUAAACCGAAGCGCGGGCGCAAUAACGGCGGCGGUGGUCAUACUGCCAUACCAUAUAUACGGCACAGAGGAGAUAAUAUCUACGAGAAAGAAAGUUAA